CUGAAUAGGAUGUUCCUUGCAAGCUACUGCAUUUGUAGAGGCCUACUCACUGCAAAAUAAAACGUGGACAUCCUCGUGUUUCAUUGUGUGCCUUCUAUUGAAAUCUGAAUGUGUGUAUAUUUGUAAGCAUGCGAAAAAGGUGAUUCCAUUUUCAAUAAAAGAGGCAUGUACCAGCAUUUCAUUUAGAAAGCUGCAUUAUUUAUUGGAUAGAGGAUAUAUAUAGAGUAUCAUGGGUUGCUGAAGUCUGAUAGAAUGCACACAGCUUGAAUUCAGCAGGAAUUUCUUGAUAAGAGAAAGAGAGAGACACACACACAGCCACCAGCAUCAUUCGGUGUUCAAUCUUACAUGAAUGAGGAGGAUUCGUGGAAGUAUGAUCCAGAACUCGGUAUUGAAUGUGUAGGACUGAUGGUACCAGCACACUUUGGAUUGAGACAUUAUCAAUGCCGAAUGAUUGAGUCUACAGAAGUGUUUGACGAGCUUCCGCAGGAUAAAGUUUAUUUGAUGUGGUAAUUGACCUCGGCCUUACACAACUCAGAAUUGGACUGUUUACAUAAGAGUGCAAUCAGAUCUGUGUUAACCAGUCUGACAAAGUUACAUUCAUUGAUAAUUUGAUCUGAAGGAAAAUCAUUUGGGAACUGGCAGUUGCUAUAGAGCUAUUACAUACAUACAACCUCCAAAAAGUAUUAUUACAUUUAGCGUAGAUGUCAAAACCCAGGUAAAAUUACAAAAGAAAUUGUCAAGGAAAGAUACUUUUGAAGAGCUGUGGAUUGAAGUCAGAAUGGGGUUUCAGGAGAGUCUUCGAAAGUUCCCAGUGAUACUGCUUGUUAUCCUGUUUGGGACUGGAUCAUGGGUGGCCAUCAAUGGUCUUUGGGUAGAACUGCCCCUCUUGGUAUCAUUGGGGAUUCCAGAGGGGUACAAUCUUGCCUCCUACCUAGUCAUCAUUAUCCAGAUUGCUAAUAUCGGACCCUUGAUCUUCACCAUCCUGAGUUACAUCAUGAAAGGCAGACGUCUUGAAGUUCCAGCCAUCUACAUCAUCCUUCCAAUUGGUAUCGUAGCGUGCUUGCUUCUUGUUUUCUUCUGGGAUGUGACCACUUAUGUUGGAGGGGUCUUACGAAGCACACCUCUACUUUCUCUGUCAUUCUUCAUAUCCAUCGUAGACUGUACUUCAUCUGUGGCCUUUACACCUUUCAUGUCCAGACUGAAAAGCAUAUAUCUCACUUGGUACUUUGUGGGAGAAGGAUUCAGCGCCUUAUUGCCAAGUCUGGUUGCAUUGGGUCAGGGAGUUGGAAACGAUGAGUGUGUUGCAAACUACACCUAUGUGAAUGCCACUACAGGCCAGAAUUGCACUAUGUGGAUGGGACAAACCAUUCCUGCACGCUUCCCUCCAGAGGACUUCUUCUGGUUCCUCUUCGCUAUGAUGACUGUAUCUCUCAUCUCUUUCUUCCUCCUUAACACGCUUCCACUCGCCAAGCGAGAAUAUGUUGUAGAUGCUCAUGGCCAAUCAGAAUCGUCCGGCUCUGCCAAAUCCGUCUCUUCCUCGGACAGCAUGUCUUUGAGUGCCAGUGGGAAGUAUGCCAAACGUGAAGAAAAUGAUUUUGAUGCUGUGGAUGCUAUGGAUCUACCCAGUCCUACAAGCAAAGACCCAAUGAUUCCUAAACAGAGGAAAUCUAAAGAAGCUUACGUUUACAUUUUUCUGCUGCUUGGCUAUGUGAAUGCUCUCAGCAAUGGCAUCCUUCCAUCCAUACAGAGCUACUCCUGUGGAGCGUAUAGCUUCAAUGCUUAUCUCCUGGCAGCAACCUUGGGUAAUGUAGCCAAUCCUGUAGCCUGUUUCAUUGUGAUGCUGUUCCCUCAGAAGAGUCUGAUCCUGGUAGGAGUGACUGCAUUCUGUGGGACACUUAUCAGCUCCUACUGCCUGGCAACAGCAGCACUAAGUCCUACACCACCGUUGCAAGAUGAAAUGGCCGGAACCGUCUUUGUGGUGCUUGCUUGGAUACUUGUCAUGGGCCUCUUCACCUACACCAAGGCAACCAUAGGCUGGAUCCUUCGCAACGAACCCGACAAUCGUAAGCUUCUCAUUGGCUUCGGAGCCGUGACCCAGCUGGGUUCACUGGUCGGUGCCUGUAUCAUGUUUCCUCUCGUCAAUGUCUAUUACCUCUUCACUCCAUACUAUGCAUCUCCAUGCGAUGGUUUUGAGGCUUGCCCGUCAUAGCGUUUCUAGUAGUGUAGACUCUUGAACAGCAGUUGAGCAAACAGUAAAUGCCACUUGAAGGGUCAACAGUCCAUUAAAUGUCCAUGACAGAUAUCAUUCUUCAUGUUUAUUCAUUGCAAAAUUUGUUUACAACCUGAACAAGCAGGUUAGAUUAAUACAAAAGUUCAAAUUUUGUUCAGCACGCAGUAGCUUAUA